CCCCUUCUUUUAAUUUUUUAUGGUUUGAUGGACCUCCCUUUUUCCCUUUUGAUUCCAUUGAAACCUACUCUCUUUUUUACUAUCCAUUCAAAGGUUCCUUUUUGCUUUGGUGGGGAAAAAGCAGAGGAAAUUCCACCCAUUCUGUUUCCCACCCAAGCCAAAUGAAAGUGAUGCCCCCAAGACUCUUUUCAGAGCAAACUUUCCCUAUCAACCUCAGUAGACAAAUUCUCUACAUCUCUUGGAUUGAUUUCAAGUUUGAAGUAGUUUCAACUGCACGUGUGGCCUUGCCGGCAUUCAUCAUGCCUGACAGCUUGAGGUUGGUUGAGUUUGGUCGGACACGUGUGGCAUUGCCGGGGCGUUCAUCAUGCCUGAUAGCCUGAGAUUGGUUGAGUUUGGUCAGACAACAUGUGUGCUUGUUGACUCUAAUUAGAGACUUCCUUGUAAGGAAGGGAACUAGGAAUUUUAGUCGUCCGUGGAACUCUUUGUGCCCCUGUUUUGUUUAUUUUGUUGUGUGCUAGUAUGUGAUAGAGACUCAAUGAACAAAGCUGUUCCAUUUUUGCAAUAAAUUGCACGAUGGAUU